UCUUCUGCUUAUGAUGGCAGCAGUGAAUCCUAUGGUCAGGGUGGAUCUUCUGCAUAUAGUGGUUCUGAGGCUUAUGGCCAGGAUUCACCUUCCAUGGGAGCCAGUGAAACUGAAGAUAAUGAUCCCUCCUCACCAUCUGGUAGCCGCCAGAGUGAACGGGAUUUUUAUUCCCCAGGAGGCAGCCAGUCAGGUGGACAUGGGUCAUCUUCUCAAAGUGGUAGCUACUCCAGUGGACAGGACUCAUCCUCAUCUGGAAGCAGCCAGUAUGGUGGGCAGGGUUCACCUUCCUCAGGAGGCAGCCAGUCUGGUGGACAGGGUGGAUGUGAUUGUUCUGGGGCAAAUUCUGGUGGAUCCCCUACUUUAGUCAGAAGUGAUUCCUCUUCAAAUGACUCAUCUUCUUCUGGAGGCAGCCAGUACAACAGCCAGAAUUCAUAUUCCUCUGGAGCUAGCCAGUAUGGAGGACAUGAGUCAUCUUCUUAUGGAGGCAGCCAGUAUGGUGGACAAGGUUCACCUUCCUCAGGAGGCAGCCAAUAUGGUGGACAGGUGAAUGUUCUUCCCUUGUAG